UUGUGUUGCCUUAGGGUCGGGGUGGGCUGACAUCAGGAUCACUUGACAUCAAUUAUUGACGGCGGUGAUGACGCUCAAACUCACUGGGGGGUUAUGUAUAACAUCCAGUCAAGGUCCUCUCCUGGUGGAACAGCUUCACCAGGGUUAGUUGGAGCAAAGUAGCUCUGAAACUCUAGUUUCCACCGCUUAGACUCAACCAUGCCCCUGGAUCAUUUCAUCCUAACUAUCUCUAGAUUUUAUCAUUGGUACAUUUUGCGCAUUAUUUUAUCAUUUGACGUUUGUAAAAAAAAAAUCUUUCUGAUUUUAUAAUCUCGACAUCGCUAUACUUCGUGUUUUAUUUUGGAGGGUUGGCGCCCGCUUCCGGUGCCGCGCAGUGACGCGGCACAAGCGCGGAUUGAACUUUGACGCCGUGGAGGAAAGUUCACCGAACUGUGCACUUUCGGAGUGACGGGGCUGCAGCGGGACAAAUGGCGGAGCUCUGGGUCUCGGUGUCGGUCCUGGGGGUGGCGGUUCUGCUCUCAGAAGUGAUCCGCCGCGCAGCAGCUCAACUUUCUCCCUCCGCGGUCAGGAUUUACGCGCUGGAAGCCGCGUCCACCUUCCAGCUCUGCUGCUGCACCCACGAGCUCAAGCUGCUGGGGGAGAGCGCGCGGCUGGACCUGGGGGUCGCCCUGACGCUCACCUACCUGAUGACGGUGGUCCAUCUUCACACGUUCCGGGAGGCUUCGUGCAACCCCACCGCGGCGCUCGAGAGGCUGUGCCGCGGCCGCAGCAGCGUCAAAGCUGCGGCGGCGGUGAUCGGAUGUCAGUUCGGCGCUGCGGUGGCCGCGCGGCACUUCGCCACCUUCGUGUGGUCGCGCGGUCUGUCGGACGUCCACCUGCGGCACCAGAGGUUCGGGUUCCGCUGCUUCGACCCUCUGGGCGGGACUCUGGUGGAGGCGGCCGCGGUGGAGCUGUGCUGCGCCUUCGUGGUCCAGGCGGCGGCGCUCAACAUACACCGCGUCGAAGAGAAACUCCGCGUCCACGCCUUCGCCGCGUUGAUCACCGCGCUGGUCUACGCCGGUGGAAGCGUCUCGGGCGCCAUGUUCAAUCCCGUCCUGGCCUAUUCAGUCCAGUUUCCCUGCAGCGGCCACACGACGUUCGAGUAUGUUCUGGUCUACUGGCUUGCUCCAGUCGCAGGCGUGGCGAGCUGCGUCCUCCUGCUGGAGAAGAUCAUCCCAUUUCUGUCGGGGAAGUCAAAAGUCGAAGUGGGGAGAACAAAGUUGAAGAACCAGUGAACGUAACGAAACGUGUUUUCACCGACACACAAUCCCUUUUUUUUUUACUAUCAUUUCAUGUUGAGCUAAAGCUGGCGACGACGCCAGGGACUCGUGCCAUUCGACAAUCUUAUCGCGCUUAACUCACACAGCAUUGGACGCACAGAACAUAAACUACUUUCUUCAAGCGACUACACACAGGGUUGUAUUUCUAUUCACACUGUUGACCACACACGCUCCCUCUUGAAGCACACACACGGAUCACACGUGACUCUGUGAACACAACUUGAUUUUCAUUUUCACAAUCACAGGUGUGCACACCAGUGGGGUUUUACUUUGUAAUCGCACACUGGUUAGUCUGCACAAACACAAAGGCAGGCUCAGACACAAGGACACGCAACUGUGUACACACACCGAGGCGGGGUUACGCUGCACUGACACACACACACGACACUGAAAUGAAAACGUGACUUGAAUCUUUUACCAUCUGAUUUUUUUUUAAUGUUCAUGUUUUGAGACCAACACUAGGAGGCGAUGUGCCUUUAUUUUUAUUUUUUUAGUAAUAGAACACUGAAGUUCAUUGACAUUUUUAAUGUUGUUUUCAGGGCCAAAGUUGACUGUGAAUCUCAGUGUGAUUGUUGAUGUCUGAAAUACCUCAUCGAUGAUGAUGUGAAUUCUUCAACUGAUAUUUAAAUAAAACUAUGUAAAGCCAUCAUCCUCAGAUAUCUUAUCCGGCACCUGUGUUGAGACAAUCCCCGGGCAGCAGCAGAAGCCUGGAUUUGAGUGGAUCUUAGCGACACCAAACAUGGUCCUGUGACCUUUGACAGAGGUCCUGGUCACCUGGUCUUUAUUUACUAUGUGUGACCUCAUCGGCAGCAGCGUCUACAUGUGAUUCCCUUGGCGUUGGUUUCUCACAGCUGAUCUAGGGGAUUCCAGAAACAAAAUGAAACUACAUCCGUCUUAAAAGAGGCUAAUGUGAAACUAGUCCAACUACAUGGAGGAAGCGGAGGACGAGGUGAGUCAUGCCAAUUGUUGUUUAAAUAUAGUGACAGGAUUAAUGAUUCACAAGAGAAGAAAAAGGUCAAAAUGCAAAUAGAAACUUAGACAUUACGUUUCUCUUCUUGUAAUUCAGACUUUUGAGAUGUGUGCACUAUCAUCUCUAGUUUUACAUCACUGGUACACACCAUUUUUCCUGGUACCUGAGGGUGUAGAAACCGAUCCAAGCAGCGGACUGAACCGAACUUUGUGUCCAAACCUUCUGAUACAUCCAUUUCUGAUCUGUCCUUUCGAGCGUCUCCAUCUCUGUUCCUCCAUGGAAGGUGGAAAACGUGAUGUGACCUUUUGCAGUUUCGCCAUGUCAUGCGGUGAGUCGCAAAUAAUUCGAUGAUGGUGAGGGAAGUGGAGUUCUGCAGAAGUCUGGGAGGAACUCCAGAAAUAUCUGAGUGGAGUUCACCUUUGAUCUUUUGUGGAGUAGAUACGGAGUCUAUUACUGGUGACUGAUCGGUGGUGACAUCCUGGUACCAAACAAAGGAAGAAGACUGAGGGAGAGGAGGAGGUUGAGAACGAGUGGGGUUACAGUGGAGAUGCAGGUCAGCCUGGUUGGACAACAGGUGAGGAGUGAGAGAGGAAGGUGUGGAGGUGGAGAGGAGCUGAAGGAGCGGACAGAGAAGAGGAAGGUGAGGCGGAGAGAAGCUUUGGAUGAUGUGUGGAAUGGAUGUCGAGACAGUGGGAGGAGAGGAUGAGAGGGAGAAGACAAGGAAAAGGGGUGACACAGGUGAAGAUGGAUGAGGAGCACAGAACAGAAGGUGAGGAAAUAGAGAAAGAAGGUGGAGACAGAAAGGUGGAGGAGAGGAAUGAAGAUGAGAUGGUUGAGAUCAAACCUGAAGAGGAAGGAGGAGAUAGACGGGAGAGAGGUUGGGAGAGGACAGUGAGAAGAAGCUGAAGCUGUCUACUGGGAGAAUGUCAAGCUGGACUCCCCCUUCCAGGACUCCAGAGGGAGGCA